CUGGAGCGGUUCGUCUUUAAUGGAGAACAGAGACGAGCUGGAGCACCCCCUGCUGGAAGAAAACGCCGCCAACAGGCUGCCGUCCGACCAGAACCAGCAGAACCAGGCGCCGGUCGGGCUUUUUAAGGGCAUUCUGGUGAAGUGUGAGGAGGACCGAGCGUAUCCUCCGCUGGGCUGGAGAGGCUACUGCGGCCAUCCUCCGGAGCUGCUGGACGCCUGCGCCCUGCCGCGCAGCCUGGAGUCACUCUAUCCGGCCGGGCCGCUCUGGGGCCAAGCGGACCUGCUCAGCAAGGAGUACCUGGAGACCACGUUUGUGGACAUCCGGCCCGGUUCGGCCCUGGAGAGGAAGCUGCUGGCCGAGGCGCAGGACUUCCACAGCGCCCCCUACAGCAUGGAUGACGAGGACGACCUGCUUCCUGACUCUGACGACUCGUCUAUUGACGACCUCAGCGAUACGGACAGCGACGGAAACUUUCCCCUGAUAAUCCCGCAGGACCACCUGGGUCUGGCCUUUUUCUCCAUGCUCUGCUGCUUCUGGCCGCUGGGCAUCGCCGCCUUCUACCUUUCUCAAAAGACCAACAAGGCAUCAGCUCAGGGGGAUUUUCAGGGCGCCAACGCGGCGUCCCGCCAGGCCCUGUGGCUCUCCGUUCUCUCCAUUGUGUUUGGCAUCAUAACGUACAUCUGCGCCAUCGCGGCGCUGAUCUCCUACCUGUCUGCAAAGCCGUCAUAAGAGCCGCGGCUCGCACAUAGACGCAGACACACAGAGACACAAACACUCCAUGAACAUCAACACAUCAUCUGCAAAAUAACGAAUAAACGAAAAGAUUUUAACCACGUCUCACUGGAAUAGGACGACAUGCAGCCCAGAGGACCUUCCUCCACGUUCAGGCUCGUCCUUCUCACUGACUUUGGCAAAUUUGUGUCACGCUUGUCAUCACAUGUGGAGCUUAAAUUAAAUUUAAAGGUGACCUAUUAUGCUUCCUAGAACAAGUUAUGAUUGGGUGUCCAAAACUGGAUAAUUUAAAUUACAAAAAUUAAUUACAUUUAAAUGCAAAAAUGAGUUUAUUGUGAUUUUUCUUUUCCUUUAUUUAAC